UCUAUAUUCAUGCAUAACUGGAAGUAUAUGCAAGGAUUCCCCUUUUUUCAGUUUUUAAAACCCUUAUUCAAAUAAAUGAUUUGUAGGGGAGGAUGUGGUGCUGUUGAAGAGCGGUCAGCGAAUAUGCGGUUCGGGAGCUGCUUUGGGCACCGCGCCAAUCGUCCAGAAUAAAGCAUAUUUUCAAGUCAGCAUUCAACAGAAUGGGAUUUGGGGUAUCGGAGUGGCGACGCGUUCGGCAGUUUUGAAUUCAGUACCUGUGACUGCAAACUGUUGGGUUCUGCGAGAGGAUGGGCAAAUUGCUGCAAACGGGGAACUGCUCGGGAAGAUCGAUGAGCCAAUUGAGGAAGGCGAUUGCAUUGUAAGCAUUCGCUUCUUGAAAAGAUGA